GUGUAAAUUAUCAUAUCAUCACUCUCACUUGAUUCAAGCAAUUGAGUUUCACUUUCCAAUUGCAUCUUUUGAAGUGUCUCUGACACAUGCUCUGUCUCAAGGUCUCAUGACUCAUCUAGUUAUGAGAUUCCACAGAAGAAAGAGAGAGAGAUGAAGAGUGGUUGAUUGGAGAGUGCAAGAGAAUUGAGGUUGGACAUACUGUCAAAAUAUUGUUUUUUUGCCUUCUUGCUAAACACCAAACACCGCGUUUUUUUGUGAGGAUUAAGUGUGUCUGAAAAGUUCCACUUUUGGAUUUAUUUUCCCAGAAAAGGUUGUCCAAUCAUUGUUCUUGUUCUUGUUUUUCAUCUUUCUGCCAAAACAAGGAAUUAACUAAACUGUCAGAGACAUGUCCCAAGAAAGUAUGUCCUCAGCUGGUGGUGAUGGUGGUGCCAGCAUUGAACUUGGCGCAGCCUUACUUGGUUCUACUACCCUCACCAAGGGGAAGUACAACAGGAUAUGGCGUAGGAGUUUAUACAUAGGGAUCCUCAUCUCCGUGAAGAAGCCAUCAACUUCCAGUUGUAACCAUGUCACAGUUGAUAUAGAAGAGUGCAUUAGCAGUGAUACUGAUGGAAUUGUGAAGGGCCAGGGCUUGAAUUCUCUUCCUGGGCUUGGUGGUCAACGUCAACACACACAGGAUCACGGUGCUGUUGAUGAGGGGAACCCCACUGUACCGUACACAGUUUUAGGAAUUGACUUUUUUAAGUCUUUAUUGAAUAGCUACAAAUGCUACCGCUGCACAAUCUUGGUGCUGUUGGUUGCAGCUGGGUUGUCAUUCACCAUAGACUUCAAGCAGGAGGGACCUAAACAUGGUUGGCAUGAUGGUGUUGGUAUAUUGUUUGCUCUUGUCCUGCUGGUUCUGGGAAAACCAGUUGCAAACUUUUUCUGUGAGAGGAAAAAGUUGAAAUUGAAGGAGAGAAAGCAGGAGUUGGAAUUCAGAGUGAAACGAGGUGAAGAGUCCGUAGUGGUUCCCGUUCCCGUAUCUGAUAUUGUGGUGGGAGACACAGUUUUCCUGUGGCCAGGCGAUGAGGUUCCAGCAGAUGGUGAGCUCCAAAGUGAUGGCAUCCUUUUUGUGGUUGAGCUUGAAAAUAUAGAAAGCAAACAGAGGGGGCAGAAUUCGUUUCUUAAAUCUGGUUCAAAGGUGAUCGGGGGCCAGGGAAGGAUGUUGGUAAAAUCAGUUACAACCAAAACCAAUUUGGCUAAGACAGGUACCUGUAAUUCUGAAAGGAGGGGUUUGUUGGAAAGACAAAUUGAGAAGCCAAUUUCUUACAUUGACAUGGUUGCACUUUCUAUCUCUGUACUGGUUGCAUUUGUGGUGUUAAUUCGCCUAAUUUGUGGAAAAGAUGGGAGCAAUGCAGACUUGCCAGAAAUGAAAGGGAAGGUCUCAAUUGGCCUGUUUAUGAAAGUCCUUGAGAGAACUUUUCUAAGACCCCAAGGAAGGGUUUCCAUUUUAACAGGUCUUGUCACUGUUGCAAUACUUUGCGUUCAGCACGGAAUGCCAUUUGUGGUUACCAUUUCUCUUAAGUACCAGAUUGAAAAGGAAGUACGAAACCAAGAUGUAGUUCUUAAUGAUUUGUCCGCUUGUACGACAAUGGGGUUGGUAACUGUGAUCUGUAUUGAUGUAUCAGGGGAACUCAUAUCUAAACCAAUGGAAGUUAGAAGAAUAUGGAUGGGAGAGAAAGAUAUCAGCAUGGUCGAGGGAUCUGAAACAGAAAAACCAGUGCUUGACAUGCUUAAACUAGGGGUUGGUUUAUCAGUCCUAGCACCUGAGAUUUAUCUUUCCCCUGUGUUCAAUUCACUUGUUUGUUGGGCAGAAACAACAUGGGAAAUGACCAUGAGAUCUUUCACAGAAGAAAAAUUUGACAUUCUUAAGCACAGCAAAUUGAAUUCUGGCAAAGAAGGCAGUGGAGUUUUGGUGAGAAAAAUUGGGGAUAGUGAAGUUCUGCACUUGCACUGGAGUGGAGCAGCAUCCGCAAUAUUGGAGAUGUGUUCGAGAUACCAUGACAGUAAAGGGAAUUGCCACGCCAUGGAAAAUCAGAAAAUCAAAUUCGGGCAGGUGAUUAAAGAGAUGGAGGAUAGUGGUCUUACGUCAAUUGCUUUUGCUUAUAAGCAAACAGAUGGAGAAGAACUUGGGCAAGAAGAACUGAUCUUGUCUGGACUGAUAGGCCUGAAAGAAACUAGUCAAGAAUCCAUAAAAUCAGCUUUGGAAAAUUUCAGAAAUGCUGCAAAUGUACAGAUCAAACUGGUCUCAGAGGAUGGCAUCGAGAAACUGGAAGGCAUUGCUCGUGAACUAGGACUAGAACAUGAUGUUGUGCUAGAAGGUAAACAACUUCAAGAUUUGAAUGAGGAAGCUAGAUUGGUCGAAGUGGAUCGAGCCCAUGUAAUGGCAAGAUUCCUUCCUGAGGACAAACUUCUCAUGAUACAGUGCUUGCAAGAGAAAGGCAAGGUGGUUGCAUUCAUUGGGNAUAAUGUGAAUAUAUUAUUGUUCUAA